AAACUGCAAAAUACUCGACCACUUGCAGUUGCACUGGGUCUCUGCUUCUGGGUUGGGGAGACCUGAAAAGAAAGGGAACAUCGAUCUCCUCAUCUCAUCUUUUCACCUAACCCGCACACUAUAUAUUUCUUAUAUAUGUACAGGAAGUCUACAAGAUUGAAAUUACAAGAUCCAAGAUUGACCCUUCCUCACAUUCCUUCUCUUUUAGUCUCUUUUAUUGCUGCGUGAUCCGUUGAUUUUCAGAGAAACGAUCAUGUCUGACGAUGGGUUGCUGAUCCAGUGCAAUUCCUUUGCCAAGGGACGGGAGAAGAUCAUCAUCGAUACAGACCCUGGAAUUGAUGAUGCUAUGGCAAUUCUGAUGGCAUUCCAGACACCACAUUUAGAGAUAUUAGGGUUGACAACAGUAUUUGGUAAUGUUUAUACACAAGAUGCUACACGGAAUGCAUUACUUCUGUGUGAGAUUGCAGGACAUCCCGAUGUUCCAGUUGCCGAGGGUAGCCAUGAACCUCUGAAGGGGGGAGGGCCACGCAUUGCAGACUUUGUACAUGGUGUAGAUGGAUUGGGGAACAUUAAUUUACCUCCUCCAAAGUCCAAGAAAGUUGACAAAUCUGCAGCCGAAUUUUUGGUUGAUAAUGUGUCAAAAUAUCCGGGUGAAGUGUCUAUACUUGCACUAGGACCUCUUACAAACUUGGCAUUGGCUGUCAAGAGGGACUCAUCCUUUGCCAACAAGGUGAAGAGGGUGGUAAUUCUUGGUGGUGCAUUUUUUGCUUUGGGGAAUGUUAAUCCGGCAGCUGAAGCUAACAUCUAUGGGGACCCAGAAGCGGCUGAUAUCGUUUUCACCUCUGGUGCAAAUAUUGAUGUUAUUGGCAUCAACAUUACCACACAAGUCCAAUUGACAGAUUCUGACCUUGAUAAACUGAGGCAAUCAAAAGGAAGAUAUGCUCAGUUCAUAUGUGACACGUGUAAAUUCUAUCGAGAUUGGCAUGUCAUGUCUGAUGGAAUCCACGGAAUUUUCCUUCACGACCCGGUCAGUUUCGUGGCACUGGUCCGACCCGAUCUCUUUUCAUUCAGGAAGGGGGUGGUGAGAGUUGAAACUCAGGGCGUCUGUGCAGGACACACACUCAUGGACCUAGGGCUAAAAAAAUGGAACUCCAGCAACCCGUGGUCGGGCUAUUCCCCGGUUUCAGUGGCAUGGACUGUCGAAGUGGAUGAAGUUGUGAAUUAUGUCAAGAACAUGCUAAUGAAACCAUGAUUGCCCUCCCAUUUCUUGCUGCACAAACAUAUUUUUUCCAGAUGCAUUUUUUAAACUGGUGCGAAACCUUUCCUUUACGAAGUCGUAUGUGAAGGGAUUAUUUUUACAUGACUGAACUGGUCUUCCUUAUAUAUAUUGCUUCAAAAACAGAUGUUUAUUGUCUGCAAUUAUGCAGUGUCUUCUGUUGUGGUUUGGACAAGGAUAUUUUCCCAGGGUAUGGUGUGGUCUGUUCAAUGUUCUCGUUGACACCUCUGAGUGCAAUUAUCAUUUCUUUUUCUAUUAUAGUUAUAAUAAAUAAUAAUAACGGAAAUAGUUU